UGUGAAGCGCGGCUGCCGGGUUCCGGUCUGUGUCUGUGAGAGAGACUCUGUUUGAAAUUCAGAGAAUCCUCCGAAUCCUUAAAUAUCUGAGAUCUGGAGCUCCAGAUGUGUACAAUGCUUCUGAAACUGCUUUUUAACUGAGGCCGUGGGAUCCGAGAGCAGGCCCGUGACUGCUCCAGUGCGCGCUCCUGUCACGCCGCCGUCACCAUGACGACCACGGGGCUGCGCAUCGGAGAUCAGCUGGUGCUGGAGGAGGACUAUGAUGAGAACUACAUCCCUUCAGAGCAAGAGAUCCACGAGUACGCUGUGGAGAUCGGCAUCGACCCGGAGCGUGAGCCCGAGCUGCUGUGGCUGGCCAGAGAGGGGAUGGUGGCGCCGCUGCCGGCCGAGUGGAAACCAUGGUGUACUACUUUAACUUCUCCACGGCUGGUGGAGCAGGAGCGCCAGCGCAGCCAACACGCCCCGAAGAGAGACAAGGACAAGAAGAAGAAGAAGGACAAGAAAGACAAGAAGAAGGACAAGAAGAAAGAGCUGGAGGAAGUCAGAGCUCCAGGGAGGCCGAGGGAUUCAGCCGGACUCCUGCAGAACCUCCAUCUGGAUCUGGACGCUCUGGGAGCAGGACUGCAGUACGAGGACAGUGAGGUCAGUGUGACGGUUCCUCCUGAAGAAAGAACAGAACCUGAACUACAGGAUUUGGCCCUGUCCAGGGAUCACAGUCCAGAAGCUCCUUCAGAGGACUCGUUGCGUGGACGCCACCUUCGUUCCACAGCAGCUUCUCGACCUCUGACCCCGGAUGCUGGGGCGUCCAGCGGCCGAGAGGAAGUCGAGCAGAGGAGCAAAGAGAAGAAACGGUCAGAUGAGGAAGAGAACGGACAGGUCAGAGACGAAGAGACCGAGAACCAGAAACACAGAGAGGAAGAGAGCGAUGAGCAGAUUGAGAGUGUUGAAGAGGAGGAGAAGAGCACAGAAGAAGAGCAAGAUCAGGCCGAGAGUAAAGGGGAAGGAAACAUGGAAGAACAGAUCGGUCCUGAGGAGAAGACGGAGGAGAGAACUGAAGGAGAUCAGACAGAGAGCAGAGAUGAUGGAAACAUGGAAGAAGAGCUGAUUGAAAGAGAAGAAGGGGAUGAGACACACAGACAGGACAGUAGAACCGAAAACAGAGAAGAAGAGGCUGUGAGAAGUGUGUCCUGUGAGGAGGAGGAGGAGAGGGUUUCUGAGCAUCAGGAGAGUAAACAUGAGGAAGAGCAGAGAGAGAGUGCAGAGGUGUGUGAGGAGAUCUCUCACCUUCAGAGGACUCGUGUUAACGCAGGGAAGUUUGUGCCUCAGUGGAGUCCAGUGUCCAGUGAGGAGUCUGAGGACGGUGGAGCAGCGGCGUCACUCUCAUCCGCUGGUAAUGUACAGGCUGGUUUCCGCUCCAAACUCUCAGAGAAUGUGUUUGAUCUGCUGGAUCUGUCACCUGCAGUGGACAGGAAGGAAGGGAAGGGCGAGGCAGAUGUGGACAGCUGUGUGGACGUCUCUGACUCUGCAGACGGACGUCUGCUUGAAAACAUGACGUUAGCUCAGACGCCGCCGUCGCGCUCCGCUGCCUCCACAUCCGCCGAUGACAUCAUCAGCACCUCAUCACAUGACCAGAGACCUCCGACCUCCCGCGGCAGAACCGACACCACUGACCGAGAAGAGAGGGAGGAAGAGGAGAGGAAGAGACGAGAAGAGAGGGAGGAAGAGGAGAGGAAGAGACGAGAAGAGAUGGAGGAGGAGAGGAAGAGACGAGAAGAGAGGGAGGAGAGGAGGGAGGAGGAGAGGGAGGAAGAGGAGAGGAAGAGACGAGAAGAGAUGGAGGAGGAGAGGAAGAGACGAGAAGAGAGGGAGGAAGAGGAGAGGAAGAGACGAGAAGAGAGGGAGGAAGAGGAGAGGAAGAGGCUGGAGGAUGCAGAGAGACAGAUGGAGGAGGAGAGGAGCAGACUGAUGGAGGAGACGCAGAGGAGACUGCAGCUGAUCAGAGAUGCUCUGAUGAAGGACGAGGAGGACGAGGAGCGCCGGAUGAAGGAGGAGAGCGCUGAGCAGCUCAGGGUUCUGAAGGAGCAGAUACUCAAACAGAGACGGGACGAGGAGGAGCGAGUGAACAAGGAAAUGCACACACAACUACAACAGCUCAGGCUUGAGAAUGAGGUGAAGCUGCAGGAGCUGCGCUCCGAGCUGGAGGCGGAGCAGGAGAGGGCGGAGACUCAGAGGAGGCGGGACCUCGAGCGCUUGAGGGAGGAGUCUGAGGAGGAGCUCCGGGCAGAGAGGAGGAUGCGGCAACUACAGCACACACUGGACACACAGCUGCAGGAGAUGCGCAGGACACACUCGCAGAAGGAGUCAGAGCUACAGGAGUGGAUGGAGAAGCUGGAGAUACAAACCAAAGCACUUCAAACUCAGGAGACUGACCUUCAGUCAAAGGCAUCAGAUCUGAGGAAGAGGAGACAGCAGCUGUGUGAGGAAGAGGAGGACGUGCAGAGAGGAUUACAGUCUCUCCCGCAGCUGCUGAAGGAGCGGGACGAGCUGCGUGAGGAGCUGCAGCGGAUGAGAGCAGAUCUGCAGUAGUGAGAGAGAGAGAAAGCACAGGAGCGAGAGCGACAGAGAGAGGAGAGCUGCAGGAUGAUGGAGGAGAGACAGCAGCUGGAGGCCAGAGUCACGCUUCUGCAGGAGCGAUGUGAGCAGCUCACCUCCAGAGUCAGUGAACUGGAGCGAGAGCAGCAGAGCGGAGCGAGAGCAGCAGCAGGACGAGCAGAAGAAGAGCAAGAGAAGGACAGAGAACGGUCUGCGUUUGGAGGAUCUGGAGGCUCCGCUGCUGCGGUCAGACGCCAGCGACACCAGCGUAGACGAGGCUCGUCAGUUUCUGGAGCGGCAGAGCGUUCACGCGGUAGACAGACAGGCAGCGCUGCGGGCGGCUCACAGCAGUCUGAAGGACCCCACACCUGGGAGCUCAUCACAGCAGCAGCUCUACCACAACCUGCAGCAGGAGGUGAGGAAUUUGGCUGAGCUGACUCGACGCUU